AUGGAUUCCUUGACAGAGGAUAUAUGGACAAUGAUAUUUGUCCGAUUACCACUAAAGAGUAUCGCCAGUUCCAAAUUGGUCUGCAAGCAAUGGAAAUCAAUACUCGAAUCUCCCUUUCUCCGCAAGCUUUUCCUUUCUCGCCAUCAAAACUCUCAUUCCAUGUGGUCGCUCAUAGUGAAGGAUCAUCAGCAUGAAGCCGUUGCUCAUUACGGAGGCGAUAUUUGGGGUCAUCCACCACAACAACUUGGCUCUUACAUCGUCCCUUGCAUUACCCAAACACUCAUAAACCACAAGGAAAAAUACAGACAAGCCAGAGUCGUGGCUUACACGGAUGUCGGGUUGAUUCUGAUCCGUCUCGUGUCUACCAUCGGGAACGUAUCCUUGUACGUGGCUAAUCCUGUCUCACGAGAAUGCGUAGAAACUUCUCCUCCGUGGUUUGAAAUAACGGAGUAUCACAGGAACCUAGGAUUAGCCACACGAGCCGACGAAAACGGCUUCGUUUUAGGUUACAAAGUUGUUCUGCUCUAUGAUGUAGAAACAUGGACAAAGAAGAGCUUUAAUUUGCUGAUAUAUUCGUCAGAGACUGGCUUGUGGCGUCAAGAAACAGUACAGUUUCCUUACUCUUUUCGCAGUCACGUGUUUCGCUAUUCCAUUAGCUUGAACGGAAAACUUCACUGGCGCGCUCGCAAUAACGUGCAUGAUGAAGUUGUUGUAUCCAUCGACUUCUAUGACAUGGGUUCUGAUCAUCUUGUAUGUCGUGUUACACGUUUCCCUGAUUUAAAAGAAUCGCCACGAUUCCAAAGAUCUUGCACUGUCUCUCAAGGGAGUCUCAUGUAUAUGAACGUUGUCUCUCAAGGCAAAGAGCAUCAUAAGUUAAGUGUAUGGAGGCUAAAGAGCAGCUGGGAAUGGCAACUAGUAUCUGAAAUAUCCUACGAUAAUGAUGGUUACCAUUAUAUGCCGUUGGCUAUAAACCCUUUUGAUGCUGAAACCGUCUACUUUUGGAGCAACGAGGACAAAUGUUUGGUGUCUAUGAACUUACGCAUUGGCAAGUUUGUCCUGCACGGUAAGUUAGAACGUAGCUGCAGCAAUGGAAGCAUUCUCAAGUCCCAAGGAGGCCAUACUUUUAUACAACUCGCCCAAGAAUUUUCAUCGUUCGUUUUGCCAAAGUGGCUGUAUCGGAUCCCGAACACGGUGACUAAUAGUCGACAGCCCGAGUCCAGCUCUAAUCCUACUUUCAUCUGGUGGACGAAGACUCCACAGCCCAGUAAAGAUCCAGCUAACUCUAGCAACACUUUCUUGACCUUCACAAGAGAAGAAGACAAGCUGAACAGCACAUGUCCAAACAUAGAUCAAAAGCAGUCCGUAAAAAGCACUUCAUAUUCACCUACAUCUAGUCAUCUUGCAAUGGCAAAUAGAUUCUGUAUGCUGGAAGAUUACUAG